AUGAGCUACUUAGGGAAUCUUCUUCUUUGUGGAUUACCAACCAAGAGAAGUUGUGAAGAAGCUAAGAAGAGGACAGAGGAAGUUGAUAACAGAGGAGAAGAAGAUGAUGAUGAAGAAGCUGAUAUUGACAUGAUGGUCUUCUAUUGGACUAGUGCAUCAACUUAUGUGACUGCGUUGAUAGGUAUUCUUGUCCUUAUGUUCUUUGAUUGUCUUUGGCGUCGAGCAUGGCUCCGCCUUGUUGAUGCUUUCAUCACCUCUACAAAAAAAUGUGUGUGUCUUAAAAUUAUUUUAGCUCAGUUCUUGUAUUUCUCAUCAAGCAAACUAUUGAAUCCACUGACUCUCUGUAAGUGA